AUGAAUGAUUCACGCAAAGCCACAGAUCGGCUUCUGGCUAUUGCCCGAUCGUUACAGCAUCCCGACUCAAACUAUGGCUUACCCGAAGAGUUCAUGAGAAAGCUUCGUGCUACCCUUCUAUCAGACCCAUUGUUGCCGAAACCUAACCCUUCUAUCUCCCUCUGGCAAGAACCUGCCCACCCUACUGUAUCAAACAUUCAGUCUCCAACCCUUCCACGGUAUGCCGAUAUUGUUGUGAUUGGCUCUGGGAUAACGGGAUGCAGCGUUACCAAGGCCCUCCUUGAGGAUGAUAGUCUGGACUCGACAAGUCAGAUCGUCGUCCUCGAGGCUCGUACCCUUACCAGCGGCGCAACAGGCCGUAAUGGAGGCCAACUCGUCUCUCCAGUCGGUCAUCUCUACAAUACUAUGUGUAAAAGACAUGGGGAAGAUACAGCCAAGGAAAUGUGUCGCUUCAGCUUCAUGAACACUGAGCGGAUUAUGGGUAUGCUCGACGAACUAGAUCCAGAGCUCCGUGAUUCCAGUGAGAUUCGACAUGUACAUAAAGUCAUGGUUGCUGGGGAUGAGGAGACUUGGAAAGCUUCGAAUGAGUCUCUGAACUCCUUUCGAGAGGCAAUUCCCAGUCACCAAACCAUCCAUCGUGUUACUGAGCAAGACGGCUUAGCAAAGGGUUUUAACAUCAAGAGUGGCCAUGGUGUGAUCGACCAUCCUGCCGGCGCCGUCUGGCCAUACCGCCUCAUAACUGGAAUCUUCGAACGUCUUCUUGUCCAAUACCACGACCGCCUUUCGAUCGAGACAAAUACUCCCGCAACAGCGAUAAAGUACAUAUCUAGCACGAUAAGCAAUGGGUCUUCGAUGCCUGACUACCCAUACAUCAUUGAGACUCCACGGGGUGCUAUUCGAGCCAAGCAGGUGAUUCACUGUACGAACGCGAACGCUGCCCACUUGUUGCGUCCAUUGAUAGGAAGACUCUAUCCAUAUAGAGGGACCAUGUCUGUCCAAAAGGCGGGUCCGUAUCUAGAAAACAUGGGCAACCACCGCUCGUGGAGCUAUCUGACCAAGUCCACGCUUGAUCCAGUGUCAGAGCGGUUUGACGGAGGGUUGUACUAUCUCCAACAGCAUGCCAAGACUGGAGAUAUAUGGGUUGGCACUGACUACUCCAAUGUCUUUGACGUCCUGACGUCUGACGAUACUGCUGUGCCGGGCCACUCAGUCGAGGCUCUACUGAAGUUCUUACCAAACUACUUUGUUAAGGGAUGGCCGGAGGAUGAGCGACCGGAGUUGAAAGGAGUAUGGACUGGGUUACAGGGACAUACAUCGGAUGGACUUCCAUUGGUAGGUAAGCUCCCGAAGAGUAUUUCUGGGCGAGACGGCGAUGGUGAAUGGAUUGCUGGAGGAUACAGUGGGUAUGGGAUGGACAAGGCUUGGAUGGCCGGUGAAGCGAUUGCUAGUAUGAUUGCUGGCAAAGGAGUUCCUGAAUGGCUACCCAAAGCGUUUCUUCUUACAGACCAGAGACUAGAGCGAGACAUCACUGUCGAGAAGUCUGUAGCCAAGUGGGUGUCCAUAGCAAAGACUGGAGAUUGGUAG